UUGUUUAUUCACACAACUGAACAAGAUAAGCUAUCCAUAGCAGCCAAAGAAAUGAAGAGUACCUUGUUCGCCCUCUUUCUACUUUGUGCCCUCACCUCUUACCUACCUUCAGCCACCGCUGGUGAUGUGGUCGACACUGAUGGUAAUCCUGUUGAAAAUGGAGGCACAUACUUUGUGUUGCCAACUAUAAUAUUAAACGGCGGUGGAAUAGAAUAUGCCACAUUUGGAAAUGAAACUUGCCCUGUCACUGUUGCGCAAUCUCGCGAUCAGUUCUGCAAGGGCUUUCCGAUAACCAUUUCAUCCCCAGCCCGAAUCCGUCACAUCAGCGAAGGCCUUAGUUUGAACAUUGGGUUCACUUUCGCAUCCCCGUGUUCCCCCGCUUCUGAGUGGACCAUUGUGAAGGAUCAACCAGAAGGACUCGCUGUUAAACUCACUGGGUUUAAAAAUACAGUGCCCGGUGUGUUUACAUUGAAGAGAGUUCCCGCCGAUGAAAUUAUCGGCUACAACAUCUUGUUCUGUCCUCUUGAUAAUAACCCAUGUGGGUAUGUUGCGGUUCAUUUCGACCAAUUCCGAAACAGGCGUUUGGUGGUGUCUGAGGUUCAGGAGGAUGGGUUAUGGGUUAUGUUUCAGAAACUUUCAUAUGCAUCAGGAUUAACUCUUUCAUCUGCAUGAAGCACCCCUUGCCCUCAAAAGUCAUAUAUGUACUUUCACGUAGUGAGAGACAUGAGUGAGACUAAAUAAAUGCUUCAUGCUGUAUUCAAUUAUUGCAAGUCUAAAUAAAAUAAUCGAAGUUUAUGUCUUCGGCGUGUAUA